GCGCGCCGACGUCACGUCCGGUCCUUUACCACGCGGCCAGCAACCAAGAAGGCGGCCGCCACCACAGCCGGAGCCAAACUACAGCCAGACAACAGCCAGACAGCAGCCCGCAAGCAGCCAGACAGCAGCCAAGCAACAGCCGCAAGCAGCCAGCAGCGAUGCCCGGGAAGAUCUUCGCCGAGCUGGAGGGUACUACGGCGGCGCCCACGACGGAGCCGAAGAAGGUGAAGGGAGAAAAACGGCGGAGGCAGAAGGGAGGAGACGCAGAGACCACGAUGGAGGAGGAGAAAGAGAAGGAAACACCGGAGGAGGUGAAGAGAGCGAAGAAGGCAAAGAAGAGAGAGAGACGCCAGGAGGAGGAGGAGGAGACACAGACCAUCCCUGAGAAGUCUCCAAAGAAAAAGAAGAAGAGAAAGAGCGAGGAGAGUGAAGAAGCACAGGUUGUUGAGGAGGUUGAGGUGGAGCCGAAGAAACCCAAAUCCUCAUCCAAGAAACGGAAGCUCCCUCCCACCUCCCCUCCUUCCCCCGCAAGCACAAAGGGAGAGGAGGCCCCCCUCUCCGCCGCCUCCAUCUCCUCCACCACCUCCUCGCUCUCCGGCGAAGAGGUGGAGGCGGGAGGCAACGCGGAGGUUCUCUCUGAGGAGCAGAUUGCCGGAGCGUUCUCCAACUUCAACAUCUCUGAUAAAACCAUCUCCCUCCUGCGCGGCCGUGGGGUGUCUUAUCUGUUCCCCGUGCAGUGCCUCUCCCUGGAGCCCAUCAUGGCCGGCUGGGACCUGGUGGCCCAAGCCCGAACGGGAACCGGCAAGACGCUGGCCUUCGCCAUCCCCCUGGUGGAGCUGCUGCGGCAGAGACACGGGACGGGCAGCGCAGCCAAAUACGGCCGGCUCCCACAGGUGCUGGUGAUGUGCCCCACGAGGGAGUUAGCCGUGCAGGUGGCCGACGACCUCCGAGCCAUCGCGGCCCCUCUACGCGUGGCCUGCUUCUACGGGGGCACGGCCUACGGGCCCCAACUGCAGCAGAUCCGUUCUGGGCUGGACGUGCUUGUGGGCACGCCGGGCCGACUGCGCGAUCUCAUCCAGAACCACGGCCUGAGGCUCCGCGCGAAGCACAACAACGAAGAGGAGGACUCCAGCAAGAAGAAGAAGGAUGAGGAGGUGGUGGUGGUGGAGGAGGUGGAGAAGGACGAGAAGAAGGGGGGAAAGAAGAAUGGAGGGAAGGAGGAGGGAGUACGCCACGUGGUGCUGGACGAGGUGGACCAGAUGCUGGACAUGGGCUUUGCCGAUCAGGUGGAGGAGAUCCUGGGAUGCAUCUACAGCAAGGCAUCCCCAGAAAACAACCCACAGACUCUGCUCUUCUCAGCCACGUGCCCUCCCUGGGUGUUCAAGGUCGCCCAGAAGUUCAUGAAGGAGACGUGGAGACGUGUGGACCUCAUGGGCACUGAGAAGACCCGAGCAGCCACCACGGUGCAGCACCUGGCCGUGUGCUGCCCACGCUCGGAGCGUGCCGUCUGCCUGGGCUCCGUGCUGCGGGUGUACGCUGCAGGGUUACCGGGAGGUCACGCGGUCAACCCCGUGGGGUCAUCGGGAGGUCACGGGGUCGCCUCCGUGGGGUCAUCGCGAGGUCGCGCCAUCGUCUUCUGCGAGACCAAGAAGGAGGCGGCCGAGCUCGCGCUCAGCCCGGCCAUUGCGCAGGAGGCUCAGUGUCUGCACGGUGACGUACCACAGCAGCAGAGGGAGGCGUGUCUGCGCGCGUUCCGCUCCGGUGCCAUCCGCGUUCUGGUGGCCACCGACGUGGCGGCUCGCGGCCUCGACGUGCCGGAGGUGGAGCUCGUGGUGCAGUGCCAGCCCCCGCACGAUGUGGAGUCUUACAUCCAUCGUAGUGGGCGCACUGGGAGAGCCGGCAGGACUGGGAUUUCCAUCUGCUUCUACCAGGAGAGAGACGCCGGAACCCUGAGGGCAAUAGAGAGCAAGGCGGGCUUCGUGUUCAAGAGAAUCGCCGUUCCCUCGGCCAAUGAGGUCCUCGCUGCGUCUACACAGGACGUCAUCAGGUCCCUGGAGUCUGUCUCUGCUCGUGUCGUCUCGCGCUUCCGCUUGUCUGUGGAGAAGCUGCUGUCCCACAGAGACCCCUGGGAGCUGCUGUCGGCUGCUCUCUCCCUGCUCGCGGGGUACGACGGAGACGACAACAGGUCCCUGCUCACCUCCCUCAAGGGCUACACGACGCUGAUUCUCCGAUCCUCAGUUCCCCUGUCCCACUCCUCUGCGGCGUGGAGAGCCCUCAAGGAGGAGCUGGGAGAGCAGCGCGCCGAGGAGAUGGUGCGCGGGAUGAGGCUCCUCAAGGGAAAGACGGGAGUUUGCUUUGACGUCCCAGAGAACAAAGUGGAGGAGAUGAAGGCUGCGUGGCCUCCGUCCAAGCGAUGGAACCUGGAGGAGGCGGACGAGCGGCCGGAUUUGGAGGAAAUCAACUUCACGGCCGGAGGGGGAGGAGGAGGGGGGAGGUGGAGGGCCAGGGAGGGCUUCUGCUUGGCCACGAUUGCUGGAGGCUUCUCUCUUCAGAGUGCGACGGGCGCCAUCCCAGGCACCAACCAGCAGCAGCUCUGCGCGACGAGCCCGCUUAUAAGCAUCUCCGGCGUGGCCGGGCCCACACCCUGA